UCACAACUUGCCACAAACGCUGGAGACAAAAUGGCUUUGUUGUGUAACUAAUUGAACACUGUUAUGGCCGAGUCGUGUAAAUACGUAUUAAGGGGAGCAGCAGCGGUGUUAUGUUCGUUAAGACAUUCUUUACUGGAUUGUCAUAAAAGAAAAAAACGGCUUUACAUAAUAACGGGCAUGCGUUUUCACGUGAAAUGUCCCUUUAAAAGGAGGCUUGGUGUAAACUCACUGAGGCGCAUCAGUUGCGGUCCAACAGUGGAAUAAUAGUGGUCUGUGAUUUAUGCACUACGCUGUGUGAAAAUAGCUUUCAAAAUGGUGACUUCGUACCCUUUGCCAGAUGGAUUCUCCGAAUUCGAUGUGUUUUCUUUGGGUUCUGCUCUUCUCGUGGAGGGUCUGGUUGGGUUGUUUCUCAAUGGACUCACAGUUAUCUCGUUCCUAAAAAUAAGGGAGUUACGGACCCCAAGUAAUUUCCUCGUGUUCAGCUUGGCUAUGGCGGACUGUGGAAUAUGUAUGAAUGCGACCAUCGCGGCGUUCUCCAGUUUUCUGAGAUACUGGCCUUAUGGAUCAGACGGAUGCCAGACCCAUGGGUUCCAGGGCUUCAUGACGGCUCUGGCCAGCCUUAACUUCAUUGCUGCCAUUGCCUGGGACAGAUACCACCAAUACUGCACCAGAACAAGACUGCAGUGGAGCAGCUCGGUGUCUCUGGUCAUCUUUAUCUGGCUGUUCACUGCGUUCUGGUCCGCCAUGCCCCUUAUUGGCUGGGGAGAGUAUGACUACGAGCCCCUGCGGACCUGCUGCACCCUGGACUACACAAAGGGCGACAGGAACUAUGUGUCCUAUUUGGUGCCCAUGGCUUUCUGCAACCUGGUUAUCCAAGCUCUCACUGUCCUGUCUUCAUAUCGGUCCAUUGAGAAGAAAUUCAAGAAAACUGGUCAACCUAAGUUUAACACAGGCACUCCGCUGAAAAGCCUUCUGCUGUGCUGGGGCCCGUACGCAGUGCUGUGUCUGUAUGCAGCUGUGGAGGACGCCACACUUGUGUCUCCUAAAGUUAGGAUGAUUGCUCCUAUUCUGGCAAAGACCUCUCCACUAAUCAACCCCUUCCUGUAUGCCCUCGGAAACGAGAACUACAGGGGAGGCAUCUGGCACUUUCUCACGGGGCAAAAGAUUGAAGUGCCUCAAAUUGACAAGUCCAAAUAAACAGAGCAUUCAUUAUGUGCUCCUCAUGUCCUUCUGGUGUUUUCUGAAGGUAUGGCCCAUGUUCAGCUUUCUGUUCCAUGUUCCACGACUAACAUAUUUAUCUCUGAUCCAUAUGCAGGUGUGAGUAACUGUCACUAAGCUUACUAUACGUGACCAAUAAAGUGAUAUUUCAUCUUCCAGUCUCUCGAUAAUAUUUCAGGUUUAGUGCAUGUAUUUCAUUGGCUCAUAGUUUUUCUGCGCAAUGAAGGGUAUUUUUGAUACUUACAGACCUUCACAUGGACAAGCCAACUUUAUCAUGGCACAUAUGGGGGCAUUCAGGCGUUGAGGUUUAAAGCAAAAAAUAUGUUGCAAGUAACUCAGAAAAGCAGCUUGUACCGGUUCUUCUACUGGCUUGGUGCAAGCUCUUCACUCCCAGGGACCGGUGUAAUAAUGUUGGAAAAUAUCAACUUCCUGCACUAGUUUCCUUCAGCACAGCAGUCUCAGCACCAUAAGAAAAACUGGUUGCAUACACCAUGAGAAAUACGUCCAGUUGUAAAGAAACAUUAUUUUUUGAAGAAUAGUUGGGUAAUAUGUACAACUUACUUCGGAAUUACUUGGAGUGUAUUUUCUUGUUUACACCACAAAUCCUGAAGCCCCCGUGGGACCCAUUGUAAAUUCUGUAAAUACCUAAAAUAUAUUUAGCUUCACAUAAAAACUGUACUGACCAAUGAAAACAUACCACAAAUCUGAAAUAAUCUUUAGAAAACCCAGUGUAUUGUCACUGUAAGUAGACAGUUUAGUAGUCAUCAAACUGCGAAGUGUAUUGUGUGCUGUAGUGAAAUAUCCACAAGCUAAUUUUAAGCUAGCGUUACAGGAGGCCUCACAUUGAAACAGGCCAUGCAGUCACUCUUCAGCACUGGCCAGUUCAGAAGCUAGAAGCCUCCAGUUCGAUUCAAUUUUGCGGCACUUGCUUUUAAGCUAAACAGUGCAGCUUUACACUUAAAUGUUACAGCGUAGCACAUCACAAACAGUGAUUCUCCAGGACACUCUCACAACAAAUCCAAGUAGUGGUGCCACUGGUAACCAUUCCAUACAGCGUUUACCUACACUUUCCUAUUAUAUACUGUGUAUAUAUGGGGAUAAAAUGCUUCUGUUACUCUCUUGGGGUCAUGUGUCCAUCAUAAAGCACUUCAAUCUUGCUCCAUAGAGGAGAAGAUUUAGAUCAGCCCUUGGAGUGGAAUUAGCAGUGCAGAACUGUCUAAUCCUACAAACAAGGGGGCUUUUUAUGAGAAGACAUCCAUUAGCACAAAGAAGGACAUCGCUAGCCACACAUACUAUUUAUAGAUAUGCCAUUCUCUUUCAGAUCCAAUAGAAAACAAGUUCCUUACAUAAUCCUAUGACACCAGAAGCAUCAUUUUGGCCAAGGCAAUGAUGACUUUUAUUCGUACUUAAAUAUAAUAUAUAUAAUAUCAGUUUUAAUAAUACGUACAAAAGUACAAAGACAACUAAAAUAUAUUUCUCUUAUUUUCAUGAGUAACGCACAAGGUAUUUCAUACUGUGAUGUUCUUGUUGGAAAGUUUACUUUGUAAUAAAAGACCAAGAUGUACAAACAUUACCUCUAACUGUCCUGUAUUCAACCACAGGCAUGAAUGUCUGUAGGUCUUCAUUCUUAGUGCCUACUGAGUGUGUGUAACUUCAUAUCUGUUUAUUUGAGCCAUAUGUACCCCCUGGCUCACAAAUGAAACAGCCAUAAAGUUUCAUUUAAACUUGUGUAGUAAGCAAGACAAAGAGGGCAAAACCUUGUUAAAUAGAGCUCCCCUAAUGAAGUCCUGCCCCAGUUCCAAUAAGCACAUUUAAAUCAGAACCCAAGCCGUUCUUUUCCUCACCAGGCAGUUUCAUUUCAAAAGCGGAAAAUAUAAUUUUGCUAAUUGCAGAGCUCCAGUGGUUUCCCCUUUAAUGAAACGCAUCAAUGGCCAGGUCUAACUACAUUCAAUUUCUAAGAUAAGGCUUUGCACACCAUUGCUUGAGCUGUAUCUAAAUCACAACUGCACUUAUGCUUAUUAUAAUGAAUGUGUGCAUUCACAUUUAUCACAAGAUCUCACCCGGUCAACUUCUAAUAGUAGCUCAAAAUGUGGAAUGAUCUUUGUUUUCUGUGCUGUAAAUGGAGGCAUUAUUCGCUCUGCUCCCUGUGUUUUCAGUGCUUUUGCCAGCGGUGCCUAGAGUUAUGUUGUCUGUUCUUUGUAAAGGACCAAGAGCUAUGUGUAGUGCUACCAAGCUGCUAAGUGUGCUGUUCAUGCUUUGUGAACCUCCUAAUGUGGAUUAUGUGCGCUUUACUUCUGUUUCUCUCUGUUGUGAAGAUAUUUAUUUUCUAGUUCUAACUUACCAUGGCAAAUAUUUAAAAAAUAAAGAGUUUAAACUGUG